AUGAGUACUGAUUUAUGUCCUGUUUAUGCUCCGUUUUUUGGUGCCAUGGGUUGUGCAGCUGCCAUCAUCUUCACUUCUUUCGGUGCUGCUUAUGGUACCGCUAAAUCAGGUGUCGGUAUCUGUGCUACCUGUGUUUUAAGACCAGAUUUAUUAUUUAAGAAUAUUGUUCCUGUCAUUAUGGCCGGUAUCAUUGCUAUUUAUGGUUUAGUUGUCUCAGUCUUAGUCUGUUACUCUCUAGGUCAAAAACAAGCUUUAUACACUGGUUUCAUCCAACUAGGUGCUGGUCUAUCUGUUGGUUUAAGUGGUUUGGCUGCUGGUUUUGCAAUUGGUAUUGUAGGAGAUGCUGGUGUUAGAGGUAACUCUCAACAACCAAGAUUAUUUGUUGGUAUGAUUUUAAUUUUAAUUUUCGCAGAAGUUUUGGGUCUAUAUGGUCUAAUUGUCGCCCUAUUAUUAAACUCUAGAGCUACCCAAGAUGUUGUCUGUUAA